AUGUCCAUCUCGCUGCGCCUCGCCAUCCCCACCGCGGCGCCCUGCCCCGCGCCGCCGCCGCGGGCGCGGGCGGCGCGGAAUGCGGGCUGCUCCCCGCUCUCCGCGGCCGCCGUGCCGGUGCGGACCACGGCCGCGCUCAGGGGAUGCGCCGCUCUGCCGCUGAGGCCGCAGCCGCUGGUCCGGCCGUGCCGGAGCCGGGGGAGCGCCGUCGUCUGCAGCGCCUCGGCGUACCUCAGCCCGCCCACCACGCAGUGGGUCUCCGUCGCGGCCGCCGCAGUGCUAUUGCUUGCUAAAGGCACAGGCAUACACAAAUCUUUCCUCGUGCCAUUGUUUGUUCUGCAAGCACCUACCGCCGUAAUCUCAUGGAUCAAGAGUGAAUAUGGACUGUGGACUGCUUUUCUUGCGCUUGUGGUGCGUUUGUUCUUACCCUUUCCAGGUGAGCUAGAGCUUCCGCUGUCAACGAUGCUGGCAGUCAGCGUUGCCCCUUACCAGGUGAUGAAUGUGAGUGUGCUGUUGGUUUCUAAAGAGACAGGCAUACACAAAUCCUGGCUCAUGCCAUGGUUUGCACAGCAAGCACCUAGCAGUGUAAUCCCAUGGAUCAAGAGAGAAUAUGGACUCUGGACAGCUUUUCUUGCGAUUUUGGUGCGCUUGUUCUUACCCACUCCAGGUGAGCUGGAGCUUCCGCUCUCAACAAUGUGGCUUAUCAUCAUUGCUCCUUACCAGGUGAUGAGUCUGAGGGGAACUCAAGCUGGCAGGAUACUAUCUUUGGCGAUAGCUGUGUAUCUCGCCUUUCAGUACUUCACCAGGAACAGAGGGUUGCGUAGAGCCUUCCGUCCGGGAUCGAUAGUCGCGACCCUGGCCAUGAUCUGCAUCACAGUUGUCAACGUGAUCCUGCUGUUCUGA